GGGGGGGAAAGGAAGAUUUCACUACUGGGCAUUUUCCCUCCGCCUGCCUCAACCCCCUUCUCUCUGCUGUUGCAGAACUAGCAAGUCGGGCUGAACUGGGAAAGUCUUUAAUGAAUGACAGAAAACACAAAGCACUGAAAGAGAGGAGAGAAAGAGGUUUUCUGUUUGUUUCGCAGCCAAACAGCGAGAUGGAGAUCUGGUGAAGAGGGAAGGCAUUUCCCAAGCCAGAGGAGGACCCUGGCCCACUGACUCACCCCCGCCCCGGCUGGCUACUCUCUUUCAUUUUCCUUCCUCUUCUGCCAAAGACACAUUUUUUGCAAGCGCCGAGUUUCCUCUUUGAAAGGGGCAAAAGCACAGGAAGAAAGUUGCCGGGGCUGCUGCGCUUCCCUCCAGCUUGGAUGUUUGGUCUCUUUGGCCCAGAAGGACAGGCCAGGCAAGACCUGGGCGAGUCCUGUGUGCCGUGGCUGCCUCCCCACCUGCCCGGAUCCGAUUCCAGCACAGCUACGUUUCCCUUCCUCAUUGUCUCGGGUCUGAGAUGUCUUCCUCCUCUGUUGGUCAUGACAAGGACGUAGCCUGGUUGGACUGAGUCUGGGCCUGCUGCCAAACCCAAAAUAUUUCCACCCCAUCCCACAUGGUUCUCUGUAUAAGCUGGACCUUCACCUCCUCAGGAAACUGUGGUCAUGGGUCCCAUCCAGCUUACUGCUGCUCUGCUGUUUGCGACCGUGUUGCUGUGCGAGGUGGCCUCCCAGAACCUCAUCAAAAAUCUGAAGGAACCAAAGAUGGAGCACUUGCUCCUGAUCAGUGAGGUCAACGCAGAUAAUCCAGGGGAGGACACCUCAGAGUACGUGGAAUUGUUUCACACUAGUGGCCGGCAGACCCCACUUGACGGCUACUGCUUGGUUUUCUACAAUGGCAACGGCAACAGGGCCUACAGAGUCAAGGACCUCAAGGGCUUUUCCACCAAUAGCCACGGGUUCUUCCUCGUUGGCUCCUCCACGGUCACGCCACGGCCAUCGGUGAUUCUGCCCAAGAACACAAUACAAAAUGGGCCAGAUGCGAUUGCUGUGUAUUUUGGGAAGGGGCCCUUUUAUGAAGACAUGAGAGUCACCAACGAGAGCUUGGUAGAUGCCUUGGUCCAUAAGUCAAAAGUUAGCGACCGAGCAGAUGACUUGGUCAGCAUUUUGACACCUGGGAGGGAACCUUUCUUGGAAGACCCACUCUUCCGGACCACGGAUGAGUCACUGGAGAGAUGCCAAGGGACGGAUUCACAUUGGUUUUUCCAAGUGGCUACACCGACCCCUGGCACGGAUAACCACUGCGUACCUUUUGCACAGUUGAAUGCAUCCACUGUGCUGAUCAGUGAGGUCAACAUGGCGUUGUCCCCUGGGGAGUUUGAGUUUGUGGAGCUACAAGGGCCUUCAUCCACUGAUCUGAAGGACUUGGUACUGCUGCUGAUUGAUGGGAGCACCAGAGAGGUCUACUUUGCAAUGGAGGUGGCGGGCAGGACAUCUCCUGAUGGGCUGCUUCUCCUUGGUCCAGACCGAGCUGAAACCCAAGUCGAUGUGCCGUUCCCACCCAACUCCAGCACCCCGCUCCUGAAAGCAGGUCUGAAUGCCGUUGCCGUGUACACAGGGGCAAACAGCACCUUUGCUGUGGGGGGUGCUGCUUCGGCCACAAACCUACUGGAUGCCUUGGUUUACACCACAGCGGAAGACAUUGAUUUGGAACUGCGCAACAUUUUGACCCCUGGGAAGCCCAUCUUCCAUAGGAGAGAACGAUCUGAACAGGGUGAUACAUCUAUGAACAGGUGUGCCUGCUGCUCCAGCACCCGGGAUGCCUCCGUCUACGCCCUUGGGAAGCCCACGCCACGAUACUUCAAUGAUUGCCCUAAGAACCGUUUCAGUCGAGCAGUUUCCUUGUGUCUUCAAGGGGCAGGUUGCCCACAACAAUCUGCAGAACAACAUCACAUAGAAGUGCUUCUGGCUCAAGCCCUGGAUAAGUGGUGCGGCUGCGGAGUGUCUCCUGCUCAUUUCAGAGAUGCUGCGACAGCUUGCCAAGGCCCAGACUUGGUGCUCACUGCUCACCUGAUGGCCAGAUCAGCAGAGCGACUUGCCAGUCUGCUACAAGACUUCUCUCUCUUCCUAGAGAGCAAGCCGGUGGUCGCCUUGGGAGAAUGGAACGGCACAGUGGCGAAGGGGUGUAUGAGAGACACCAGUGUGACCGAAAAGUCUCCAGGAGCAACUUUGGAAAAGCAAGGAGCAACCCAAGAGUCUCUGACUCCACAGACGGAGCUGCUUAUCAACGAAGUGAAUCCAGACAACCCUGGAGCCCGAGAAGAUACUGAAUAUAUCGAGCUCUUCUACCCUGGAUUAGUGCCCUUCGACCUCCGCGACUACUGGCUCGUCCUUUACAACGGCAAGAACAACUUGGCUUACAAGGUUGUGAACCUGACAGGCCACCAUACUGAUGAUCAUGGCUACUUCCUGGUGGGUAGCAGCGGCGUGACCCCCACGCCCUCAAUCAUUCUGCCCCCCAAUACUAUCCAGAAUGGGGUGGACGCUGUCGCUCUCUACCACAGCUCCACAGCCAGUUACCAAACCAACAUGGCCUUGACUGACCUGGGUCUGGUGGACGCGGUGGUGUACAAGUCCCGGGGCUCUGAAAAGGCUGACAAGUUGCUUGCGGUUCUUGCUCCGGGCCAAAGUGUCCUGCAUGAAGAUGACUCCCACAGUGACCAAGACGAAUCUCUGAGCCGGUGUCACGGUCUGCAGCCCCGAGACCACGGCAGCUUCCAGGUGACAGCAAUCACUCCAUUUCAGGAAAACGCCUGUGCGACUCCCAGCUCCAAUUCCACACAGGACGUGGCUCACAACCGUUCCGUUUUAAUCAAUGAAGUGGGCUUGGCUAACAGUUCUGACCUCUACCGGUUCAUUGAGCUGAAAGGGACGCCCAGUGCCAGCUUGAAAGCAUACUCCUUGGAGUUCUUCUCUAGCCAAGAUCCCAAGCCGUACGUGAGCAUCCCACUGCAGGGCACGUUUCGAAGCGACGGUCUGUUUGUCAUCCUUUCAGAACGACAGUCUGUGCCUGCCAGCACUCACAAUCAGCUGGUUAUGCCUUCUGUUUGGAGCAGCCUUUCCAUGCAGGAGUUCUAUGCCGUUGCAGUGACCAGCCGUGCUUCCCAAGUCCGUAAUAGUACUUUUCUACCGUCCGGGCAGACCCUAGAAGAUGUGGUGGCUUUUUCGCUGAAGAGGAGUGCCAACCAAGGGCAUCUGGGCUUUUUGGGACCAAUUCACAUUAUUCUGAGGAGAGGAGAGCGGCUGCUGUCUUUGAGCCGCUGUCCUUCUUGCAGCACAACGUUUGCCGUUUCGGAACCCACUCCUGGCUCGGAGAACAGCUGUCCCCGGGAGUCUCUCUCCAUGGUUCUUGGAAUAUGCCUGCACUCACCCAAUUGCUCCAUGUGGUCUCAGAACCCCUCGAUGCUGGCUGUUCUCCAGAAGGCGCUCGCAGACUCCAUGGAAGAGGCCUGUUCUUGUGGUGUCUGUCCGUGUUAUUUGCAAGGGCUUAAUUUCACCUGCUCCGAUUCCAUCCUGAGGCUGUCUGGCCAGCUGUGGGCUAGGUCAUCUGAGCAGCUGCAGGGACUCGCCAAAUGGCAGGCAGACUUUUCCACGAGCCCACACCCCUUUGUCGUGGCUGGGAAGCUGCUCAGAUCUAAUCUGCCGUGCUUAACAUCCAACAGGAUGGUCCAGCCUGCAGCUUCUUUCCAGCCCUGGCAAAUUGCUCUUGCUAGCCUGGGGUCCUUUUUUCUUGCCCUGCUGUUGAUUGGCGUGGCAUUGUAUCUCGUCAAAAGGCAGCCUCAGAACUACAGCACCAUCGAAAUGAACGACCGCUGUGAGAUCAUGGCAGGCAUUUGACGCCUCUGGGAACUCACCUUAGCCAGCAAAAGGCUUUCUCUGCCACUGAAGGAGAACUCCAGAGUUGCUGCGCCAUCUGCUUGGCCUUUGCACUGAUGCACCGGGAAUGUAACACUGUGCAUUUUGUAGAAGUCCCCGAUUUUUCAAAAAAUUGGACUUUGGGACACAUGAAAUUGGCUCCUUUCAUUUCCAUUGAGGUUUCUGCUUUCCCUUCCAAGCGCUGUCAAAUAUCCGUGGCGAGCCCACAAGAGAGUCUUGGAUAAUAUUGCUUUUCUGAAGAGUUGGUGGGCAUGCCUGGUUCUUUGGGGCCCCCCCCCCCCCCGACAAGCAGCUGUACAAACCGAAGCACAUUACAGCUGUGGAGUGGACGUGUGUGUGUUGAAUUGCUGUGGUAGCUGUGGAUGGAAAUGUGCAUCCUACUGAAUUCUGCCACGCAGCAGCCGGAUAUUUGUAUGUCCCAAAUGGCCAUGAAGUUCUCCAGCAAUCUUGGGCUGGCUGUUUGCCUUCUCGGGCUCGCCUACCUCACAGGGUUGUUGUGAGGACAGAAAUAGGGAAUAAUGUACACAACCCUGAGCUCCUGGGAGGAAUAAAAAACUUGGACUAUA